CUUAGUAUCGAGGAGCCGAUGUCAUUGGAGGCGGACGAUCAUCGAGAGGAGAGACCAGCUUUGGUUCCCAGUUUGUUCCCUCAAAUCCCACCAACACUGUACUUCAGCACUGCCGAUGAGAAAGUGGAACUGCUGCCAGCUGAACAAAGACGACUGUUAAAAUGGAAGAUAAGCAACGUCACUCCAAAUAUUGUCAAACACACCAUUGGCAGGUCACACUUCAAGGCUACCAAAAAAAGUUAUGACUGGCUGGGCUGCUGGGGACACCACAUGAAGUCUCCUGGCUUCAAGGCCCUCGCAGAGCACCAGAAGUUGAACCACUUCCCGGGAACGUUCCAGAUCGGCAGAAAGGACCGGCUGUGGAGGAACCUGUCCAAGAUGCAGGUUCGCUUCGGCAAACAAGAGUUCAGCUUUUUCCCUCGCACCUUCGUCCUUCCUCAGGACAUCAAGAUUCUACGAAAGGCCUGGGAGGACGGUGGCCCCCGGCAGAAAUGGAUCAUCAAACCGCCUGCUUCUGCCCGAGGAAUCGGUAUCCAGGUCAUCCACAGAUGGGGCCAGCUGCCCCGCAAGAGACCACUGCUGGUCCAGAAGUACCUUCACAAGCCCUACCUCAUCAGCGGUAACAAGUUUGACCUGCGGAUCUACGUCUACGUGUCAUCCUACGACCCGCUCAGAGUUUACAUUUUCUCUGAUGGACUGGUUCGAUUCGCCAGCUGCAAGUAUUCGUCUUCCAUGAAGACUCUGGGUAACAAGUUCAUGCAUCUGACCAACUAUAGCGUCAACAAGAAGAACUCUGAGUACCAGAGCAACAGCGACGACCAGGCCUGCCAGGGGCACAAAUGGGCGUUGAAGGCCUUGUGGCAUUUUCUGGGUUCCAAAGGAGUCAACACUACUCUGAUCUGGGAGAAGAUUAAAGACAUUGUGAUCAAAACAAUCAUUGCGUCCGAACCGUACGUUAACACUCUGCUGAAGAUGCACGUCAGGACACCUUACAGCUGCCACGAGCUGUUCGGCUUCGACAUCAUGCUCGAUGAGAAGCUCAAACCCUGGAUCCUGGAAGUCAACAUAUCACCAAGUCUUCAUUCCAACACAGCGCUGGAUGUCGCAGUGAAAGGUCAGAUGAUCAGGGACCUUCUGAACCUGGCUGGCUUCCGUGUUCCCCAAAAAGACGACGUGAUCACGCCCUGCAGCAGUGCCUCCAGCUCCACAACCAGGUAGGG